AUGCUCACUUCCCCCGGUUUCUCUCUUUCUGCCCUCGUGAUUCUGACUCUUGCCUCUCCUUUCGUUUUCUCCACCACUCCCCCCACCUCCCAGCCACUCAAGUCCUCCUCGCAGCUCCUCAGGAUCGUGGCCCUAAGUGCCGUCUUCUGCUUCUCAGUGGUAGGCGGCAACACAUCCCUGCGCUUCAUCCCGGUGUCGUUCAACCAGGCCAUCGGCGCCACCACGCCAUUCUUCACGGCUGUCUUUGCCUACCUCCUCACCUUCAAGCGCGAGGCCGCCCUCACGUAUGCCGCCCUCCUGCCCGUCGUGCUCGGCGUCGUCAUCGCCAGCGGGAGCGAGCCCAGCUUCCACCUCUUUGGCUUCAUCAUAUGUGUUUCAGCAACAGCAGCCAGAGCACUUAAGUCCGUGCUGCAGGGUUUGCUGCUACAGUCCGAUGGGUAA